AAUUAAAACUCCAAAGUGUGUGCACGUACCGCGCCGUGUGCUUGCUGUGAGUUGAUGUGUUUCGUUUUAAAAUCCUUUUUUACACGUGGAAAAAGGUACGGUAGGGUAGUAAUUUAAAGUGUAUCCACCAGUUCUACACACAGCCAGUUACCGAUCUUUCGUGUGGCUGUAAAACGAUACCACAACGUCACAGCAACAAUCCCCGCGGACGGACGCACAGCCAAUCGAGUUGACCAAGCCAUCGUUUUCCGUCGAAUAAAAGCGUAGCAACAACAAAAAAGAUGCAGUCACACAGCAAGAAACGCGUCUGCUACUACUACGACAGUGAUAUUGGCAAUUACUACUAUGGCCAGGGACAUCCGAUGAAGCCGCACCGCAUACGUAUGACGCACAAUCUGCUGCUCAACUAUGGCCUGUACCGGAAGAUGGAAAUUUAUCGUCCACACAAGGCGACGGCGGACGAGAUGACAAAGUUCCACUCGGACGAUUACAUCCGGUUCCUACGCUCGAUCCGUCCGGACAACAUGUCCGAGUACAACAAACACAUGCAGCGAUUCAACGUCGGUGAGGAUUGUCCCGUGUUUGAUGGGCUGUACGAGUUCUGCCAGCUGUCGGCGGGCGGAUCGGUCGCGGCCGCGGUCAAGCUAAACAAGCAGGCGUCGGAAAUCUGCAUCAACUGGGGCGGCGGUUUGCAUCACGCGAAAAAGUCGGAAGCGUCCGGGUUCUGCUACGUGAACGACAUCGUGCUCGGCAUACUGGAGCUGCUCAAGUACCACCAGCGCGUGCUGUACAUCGACAUCGACGUGCACCAUGGGGACGGUGUGGAGGAGGCGUUCUACACGACCGAUCGCGUCAUGACGGUCAGCUUCCACAAGUACGGCGAGUACUUCCCCGGCACGGGCGACCUGCGCGACAUUGGGGCCGGCCGGGGCAAGUACUACGCGGUCAACAUUCCGCUGCGGGACGGCAUGGACGACGAGUCGUACGAUUCGAUCUUCGUGCCGAUCAUCUCGAAGGUGAUGGAAACGUUCCAGCCGUCGGCGGUGGUGCUGCAGUGCGGGGCGGACUCGCUGACCGGCGAUCGGCUCGGGUGCUUCAACCUGACCGUCAAGGGGCACGGCAAGUGCGUGGAGUUCGUGAAGAAGUACAACCUGCCGUUCCUGAUGGUGGGCGGGGGCGGCUACACGAUCCGCAACGUGUCCCGCUGCUGGACGUACGAAACGUCGGUCGCGCUCGGGGUGGAGAUUGCGAACGAGCUGCCGUACAACGACUACUUCGAGUACUUCGGGCCCGACUUUAAGCUGCACAUCAGCCCGAGCAACAUGUCGAACCAGAACACGACCGAGUAUCUGGAGAAGAUUAAGAACCGGUUGUUCGAGAAUUUGCGCAUGCUGCCCCACGCGCCGGGCGUGCAGGUGCAGCCGAUCCCGGAGGACGCGAUCAACGACGAGUCGGAGGACGAGGAUAAGGUGGACAAGGACGAGCGGCUGCCGCAGCAGGACAAGGACAAGCGGAUAGUGCCGGACAACGAGUUUUCCGACUCGGAGGACGAGGGCGAAGGGGGCCGAAGGGAUAAUCGCUCGUUCAAGGGUGGCCAGGGGGCAGGGCAGCAGCAGUCCCGCAAGCGACCCCGCAUCGAGAAGGACGGCAAGGCGGAGGAGGUGAAGGACGAGAAGGAGGCGAAAAUGGACACCAGCGGCGACAAGGAGGAAACCAAAACGACUGAGGAACCGGCCAAGAAGGAAACGACGGGCGUUGCAUGAUCCACGCUCUCCUCCUUUCGCAAGCAGCAGCAACCUCCGCCACCGUAAUAACUCAACCGCCGUUCCCGUCUAACACUUUUAUGACUUUCGGCGGUGGUGCAGUGUAGUUGUAAAGUACGGUUUAAGUUAAACGUUUGUUUGUUUUUGUUGCAUUUUUGCACUCGAUGCCCGUACCAGGAAGGUGCGAAAUCCUGUGGAUUCUCAGCACACAUCGUGUUUGCGCGUGAAUGGCGUGAUGGUGGGGAUGUAGUUUAUUUGUUUAACUAAACUUCGGCAUAAUUUUUAACGCGUUUUUUGGAGGGCGAUAAGUGUGAUCGGAUAAGCGAAACAACGGGAAAAGCUUACAAACCAAUACAAAACCAGAAUGGGGAGCAUGAGUGUCGAAUGCAAUUAUACUCUACUGAUCUCAGGAAAGGACGAUAGAAACAGCAGGAAGAAAAAAAACCAUAUGCAACAAACCCUUGUAACAGAUAGAAAAGAAGAAAAAGAAAGCUACAACUCUCCAUUUUUAAGAAACGAUUUUUUUCCCUCCCAAAAUCCCACAAAUCGCAACACAAACAGCAACAAACUAACUCAUUAGAGAAGGUGAAGACGCUACAAAAUGCAAAAAAAAAACAGUUAGAAUUACAUUAGAAUCGGCCGCAGGCAGGGGAAUGCACAGGGUAAAGGAUGGUACAAUUAAUCUCAAUAGCUGGCCGUACGUGAUGCACAGACAAGUUUGGAUUUUUUUUUUACAUUCUUUAAUUGAUAUUCCGUAAUUUAUACAUCAAACCUUGUUUUCGUUAGUUCAUUUUUGCAUUAAAGGAAUAAGCUCUUUUCCUUGCAGCGGAAGAAGAACGCUUUCAAAAUAUCCCGACAAAAGCACGUGGUACAACACAAUUCAAGAUUUAUUUUAAUUCGCUACUCUCAAGGUGACGCUAUUUGACGCUCGUUUGUACUCGCUAUCCUCCAAAUUGUACAAUAGGAUAAUGCACGAGAAGAAAGUAACGAAACUUGGAAACAUAUUUAAACUACAAACCAACAAACGGAAGAGACAGGGGGCGGGAGCAAAAGAAGGAAGAUUCGCAUUGCGAAGAAUCCGCGUAUCAUAUACUAUAUGGUAAGGCCCAGGAGGGCAGGGGGCUGGCAGUCAGUGUAAGCCUGCCACACAUCAACUAAAGGAAUUUGAGCACAGGGUUCCGACACGAAUUAAAAAAAACCCGAUAACGAUA